CCGCCACAUCAGCUACGUCAUGGAUGCCCACAAGCCUCGACGGCUGUCGCGUCCUGUCAAGCAUGUACAACAACCAAGGAACUUGUCCAACCAGAAAAACUGGUCUUUAUAAGAACGAUCAUCCACUUCGCAUUACCUUAUUUCCCCUCAUCAAACCUUUCUUGAACGACACUUCACCGACUCCUGCACCAAAGCACCACAUUUACCCACCUAAAGUUCAACGCCCCAACAGCACCGCCAACAUCAUGGGUCUCUUCUGGGGGAAAGGCAUCGGCGGCAAGCACUUUGGUACGAGCGUACACGUUGAUCGUCACGGUGUGCGACGUGGGCCAUGGCGCUUCUCAAUGGGAAAAUACAGCUGUUUCCGCCACUAAUGGUACAAUGAGAAAGUAGACGCCUUCACUGCUACGGAAGAGUUGGCACACAAAGGACCACGAAGGAACAGCAAAGGCCCAUACCUAGGUAUCAACUAUGAGAACUAUACGAUACAAAGAAUGAAUUAAUGCAACAUAAGCUAUGAAGAACAAACCAAAUAGCGUUCUCCCAUUUUUUCUGUGUUGAAUGGUAGUGAUAUAGGGUAAAUGCAUACAACGGGAUGUAUGCAUAUACCGGAUCCUUCCUCGGUCGCACCCAAGCACAGUUCUGCUAGGCGGCGGAUGAACG